AUGUUCAACGUUACGAAUCAUAUCACUUCCGAUGUUUUAUACGCCCAGGCUGGCACUGAUUUCAGCAAGCUGAGUUGGUUGGAGUCGAAAUGGGCUGCUUGGUACUUGUGGAUUGGCAACCCAGUCCUUGCCACGGGAAUCAUGAGUUUUUUGAUGCACGAGUUGGUUUAUUUUGGUCGUUGUUUACCGUGGAUGGUCAUUGAUGCUAUCCCGUAUUUCCGCAAGUGGAAGCUCCAACCAAACAAAAUCCCAACGCCAAAGGAACAAUGGGAGUGCACAAAGUUGGUAUUGUUGACGCAUUUUACAAUUGAACUCCCUCAGAUUUGGUUCUUCCACCCGCUAGCAGAGUCAUUAGGCAUGGAAACAUGGCAGGUGCCACUACCUCCCUGGAAGACAAUUGCACCACAAGUCCUCCUCUUUUUCAUUUUGGAAGACGCUUGGCACUACUUCUCGCACCAAGCUCUUCACUAUGGCCCCCUCUACCGACAUAUCCACAAAUUACACCAUAGAUAUAGCGCUCCUUUCGGUCUCGCGGCCGAGUAUGCCCAUCCCCUUGAGAUUCUGAUCCUUGGAAUGGGCACCGUCGGUGGACCGCUGCUUUUCUGCUACCUUACACGGGAUUUGCAUAUCAUUACGGUCUACAUCUGGGUCUUCUUGCGUUUGCACCAAGCUGUUGACGCUCACUCAGGAUAUGAUUUCCCUUGGUCGUUGCGUAACAUAUUCCCUCUGUGGUCUGGGGCUGAACAUCAUGAUUUCCAUCACAUGGCUUUCACCAAUAACUACUCCACGUCCUUCCGUUACCUCGACUACAUCUUUGGCACAGACAACAAGUACCGCGCUUAUAAAGCUCGUGUCGCUGCUGCUGCCAAGGCUGGUCAAAAUAGGGCUGAGGUGGAGAAGCGACUGUUGGAGGAGACAGAGAGGGAAGGUCAACUUGCUGAACACGAAGCUGAGAUGGCGGGUAGUGUUUUGUCGAAGACUAAGACCUUGUGAAGUGGAUUGUUAUGAUGGAUGCGUGGCCAUGUCUUGUGAUAUCUCUUACAAACUUAUUUUAAUAACAUGCCGUGGCUCCCCGUGGGGGGGUCAUUACAGCGCCUCUUUCAUGGGUUUAUGGUUACGCCGUUCUUUUUUCG